GGAUGGGAAUCGAGCGUCCCGCCACGUCAGUCUCCCGCCCUGAGCCUAUCCCGCUCUCGGCCUGCGGCGAGGGGGUCCUCUAGUGCCGGGAAGCGGCUUUGAUCGAGAAAGGAGGCCUCGCCUGCCCCGCUUCUGGAGCGGCAUCCCGCAAACCUGCCUGGGCGCGCCGUGCUUCCCUCACCGGCCGGAGACGGAACCGUUGGCUCCCUCCCGUGAAGGCCAGCCGGCGUGUUCUAAGAAGCUCUGUGCUUCCGGUACCCGGAUCUCGGGUCCAGGCUGUGAAGACAGUCGAAGUCUAGAGAAUAGUGUGUUUGUUUCUGUAGGAUCCGCUCCCAGCCUAGCACCGCAGACUACAAUGAAGAACCAGGACAAAAAGAAUGGGGCUGCCAAGCAUUCGGGCAACACUUGCAAUCCAAAAAGCAGCCCGGGGCAAGCGGAAGCAGGACCAGAGGGAGCCCAGGGGCGGCCCAGCCAGGCGGCUCCUGCGACCGAAGCCGAAGGUCCUUCCAGCCAGUCUCCGGGGAAGACUGAGGGAGCACAAGCCAAAACUGCUCAGUCUGGGGCCCUCCGAGACGUCUCUGAGGAGCUGAGCCGCCAGCUGGAAGACAUCCUGAGCACAUACUGUGUAGACAACAAUCAGGGAGGCCCUGGUGAGGAUGGGGCACAGGGUGAGCCUGCUGAACCCGAAGAUGCAGACAAAUCCCGGACCUAUGCCUCGAGGAAUGGGGAGCCUGAGCCAGAGACCCCAGUAGUCAAUGGUGAGAAGGAGACCUCUAAAGGGGAGCCGGGCACAGAUGAGAUCCGGGCAAGUGACGAGGUCGGAGACCGGGAUCACCGAAGGCCACAGGAGAAGAAGAAAGCCAAGGGUCUGGGGAAGGAGAUCACGUUGCUGAUGCAGACACUGAACACGCUGAGCACCCCAGAGGAGAAGCUGGCCGCUCUGUGCAAGAAGUACGCCGAACUGCUGGAGGAGCAUCGGAACUCCCAGAAGCAGAUGAAGCUGCUGCAGAAGAAGCAGAGCCAGCUGGUGCAGGAGAAGGACCACCUGCGCGGGGAGCACAGCAAGGCCGUCCUGGCCCGCAGCAAGCUGGAGAGCCUGUGCCGCGAGCUGCAGCGCCACAACCGCUCCCUCAAGGAAGAAGGUGUGCAGCGGGCCCGGGAAGAGGAGGAGAAACGCAAGGAGGUGACGUCACACUUCCAGGUGACACUGAAUGACAUUCAGCUGCAGAUGGAACAGCACAACGAGCGCAAUUCCAAGCUGCGCCAGGAGAACAUGGAGCUGGCGGAGAGGCUCAAGAAGCUGAUCGAGCAGUAUGAACUGCGGGAGGAGCACAUCGACAAAGUCUUCAAACACAAGGACCUGCAGCAGCAGCUGGUGGAUGCCAAGCUCCAGCAGGCCCAGGAGAUGCUGAAGGAGGCGGAGGAGAGGCACCAGCGGGAGAAGGAUUUUCUCCUCAAAGAGGCAGUGGAAUCCCAGAGGAUGUGCGAGCUGAUGAAGCAGCAGGAGACCCACCUGAAACAGCAGCUUGCCCUAUACACGGAGAAGUUUGAGGAGUUCCAGAAUACUCUUUCCAAAAGCAGUGAGGUGUUCACCACAUUCAAACAGGAGAUGGAAAAGAUGACUAAGAAGAUCAAGAAGCUGGAGAAAGAAACCACCAUGUACCGGUCCCGGUGGGAGAGCAGCAACAAGGCGCUGCUUGAGAUGGCCGAGGAGAAAACACUCCGGGACAAGGAGCUGGAGGGCCUGCAGGUGAAAAUCCAGCGGCUGGAGAAGCUGUGCCGGGCGCUGCAGACAGAACGCAAUGACCUGAACAAAAGGGUACAGGACCUGAGUGCUGGCGGCCAGGGCUCCCUCACGGAUGGUGGCCCUGAGCGAAGGCCAGAGGCUCCAGCUGCCUCCAAGGAGCGUGGUGAUGAAGGGCCUAGCUCCCCAAGGGCCACAGAAGCCCCUUGCUGCACUGGAGCACCAAGCACAGAAAUAGCCGGCCUCGCAGGGCCCCAGGAGCCCACCUCCACCACUGCCUAGGGAGCCUGGCACGGUGAGGGGCGUGCUGGGAAGCGAGCAAGCAGCCCAGCCAGGCCUGGCCCAUGCGAGGCUCCCGCCGCUAAGUCCAGUGCUGAGGCCCAGGGUGCUCUGACCUGGCAGGCAUCUGACACUUUGCAGUUUUGGAUUUUGUGGGUCAGUUUUACAUACAUACGGCAUAUGUGCAAGGCCUCAUACAUCUCUAUCUGUAAGUGUAAAAUGGGCUUGCACUGGAGGUGGGGGUGUGUACAGGUGAAGUCACUGGCUCUUCUAGGAGCUCAAGAGUCUUAAAGAGGAGCUGUCAUCUGUAGCUGCUAUCACAGUGCGCUGGCACGACAGGUGACUUGAGCAUUCCCCUGCCUGAUUUGAGGCUCAGACCCCUCCCUCCCUGCCCUUCAGGGCUCGUGACAAGUGACACACUCAGGCCUCGACCAUGUUUCCCUUGUUAGCAGGGCUUGGGGGGUCCUGGCCUUCCUAGCUCCCCUGGAAGCGCCUUUGCUUCUCUCAGCCUGGGGACAGGGACCCGGAGCAGGACCUGGCAGGGCCCGCACAGCUAGGGGCAGGCUGCUGUCCUGCCUCAGACGGGAGACCAGGGCCAAGUUGCUAUGGACUGGUACACUAUUAGGGAGCCCUCGGGCACCGCUUCCCCUGCCCGCAGGUGGUGCCGGGACCAGGCCAGUGAUGCUUCUCAGUAGCCUUAUCAUUCACAGGUGCCUCUCUAGCCUGCACAAAUGAUUGACAAGAGAUCACCCAAAGGAUGCUUUCUGAAGGUUUUUGUUUUUUUGUUUUUUUUUGUUUUGCACAUGACUGUGUGUGCUGAUCUGCGGAAGGAGGAGGGGUCCUGGAGCAGUUGGUCUCCGGUGCCACCACCCUCACCACCUGACUUGGUACCUUUGCCACAUUGGUGCUGAGGUCCCCUGUUUGGUGAAAUCAGACGUGGUAGGAGAAGGAAAAGGGCAUUUGAUGGAUUUGCCACAAGCUUGCCUUUGUGUUUCAAUCCUGGGAGGCCACCGCUCAUUCCCGUCACUCCUGUCUCCAUGCGGAAGUUGCCGGGUCCGUGCCCAACUGUCCCUUUGGCUUCUAUGAGUCUGUUUCUGUUUCUAACCCCAUCCCUAAUGUGCAGACCUUGAGAUUUGCCCUGGUCCCAUUGCCCAAGGAAUAAGAGCUGAGUACGUUCUUGACACGCCCCCUCCCAGCUCUUGCCCGACAGCUGAGGCGCAGAGCGAGGUCUGACCACGGUGCCGCAGAACUCCACGGGCGGCUGCAGAUACUUGCGUCUGGCCCCUGCCUCCAAACUUGGUACUGUAGACUGAAAGUUGUGCUGGUUGCACAUUUGCCAGGGCAUUAGCCAUUCUGUACAGAGCAGUGUUCUGGAACAACAGAACAGGUCUCAGAUCUGGAGGCUGAGUUCUGCUGGGCUUGAGGUACUACACCCACCUCCAGCCAGGCCUUGACUUCGGUGCUGCUGAGGGAGCUGCCAGCCACGAGGCACGGGAUCAUAGAGCUCUUCUUGCUGGGUUUCCCUGAAGCUCAUUCAUUACCCCAUAGGUCCCUUCAUCCUGCACAGCCAGCCCGCUCUCCACACCCUUUACUUUGGUCCGUCACAUAAAUAGGUUCGUGGAGUGUUGAGUACUCCUGAACCACGUUAUAACUUAGACCAGAGAUGGCAGAUGAAUGGCACGUCAUUUUUCCUCUGCACCCCGUGGCAGAUAUCACUGAUUGGCCCAGAAUGUCUCCCAGUAACCUCCAGUACAUCCUCGUUUCUCAAGGUUCCCCCAGGAGCCAGUGGAAGUGUUGAGAUUGACUUGCCAUCUCUGGCUGAGCUCCUAAGUGUUCCUAAGAUCUUUCCCUCUGAAAUGCCUGUAUCUGGAAUGGUCCCAGGAUAUGCCUUUUCUUGCCCCAAUAAGGCCUUUUUCCAACAACCCCUGCGUCAGGCGGAGACACACAAGAGCUGCUGACCCCAUACAGGGUUUGCUUGGUUCUGGAAGCACAGGGAAGAGGCAGAAGCUUCUGUCUGCCUGCUUUAAGUAGCAGGAGGCCUGUGUGAUUGCAUCCCUUGCUUCAGCUACCUCGCAGAGCCCAUGGGGUUGGGCUGGUGGGGAAUCAAGGCUGUGCAGCACAGCAGCCCUCUGGGAACCAGUCUAACUACUGUGGGGCAUGGGGCUUCGGUGAGCAAGGUGUGGCCCCAGCUGGGCUUCUCACGUCCAAAAUCUAGGUCCUGGGCAAGUCGAACCUUUGCUCUCAGCUCCAGCCCAUGUCUAGGUAUCCAGACUGGGCUGUAGGUGGGAAUCCCAUUCUCCCUUUUCCUCUUCCUCUCCACUGACCAAAUCACACCAAUCACUACAGCUGCUCUGCUCGUUCUGCUUUCCAAAGUCAACCCAGGUACCUGGGUGCUGCCCUGAUCAGCCAGGAGCCUGGGCCAGAUGCAGGGAAGGUGGCCUAUCUGAAUGAAGGCCAGUGCCUUCCUCACCAGGGCAGGUCCCACGCACGUGACCUCAGUUUUAGGACCAAGUGCUGUGUUGGAUUCUUCAAUUGCUAGCUUUCCUCCAGGGGACCAGAGCCAGUGAGGCUCAGAGCCCAGAGCCCUUGGCCCUACCGGGCGGUAGUUUAUAUUCUGAACCCUGUCCAGCUGAGAGCCUCACAUACACCAGAUUGUUGAGAGGUAUCAGCAGCACUUUGUUACAAUAUGUUUUCCAUGAGGCUUUUGGACCAUGGGCUGAGCUCAGGCACUUUCUGUAAGAGAAUGUUCUGUCUGUAAAGAUGGUUAUUUCCAUUCCUCUGCCCCCAUCACAGUGGCCCUGCUGAGGGCUGACCAGGAGGCCAGUGGAACUGCCCUGGUGGCCGUGGGGGAGUGCCAGAGCCUGCCAAGCUGAUUAUCCAGCUGUGGCUCCCAUCUUCCCACCUUGGCGGCGCAGAGGUGGUCACCCCAGGGACAGCCAGGUCUAAGCCUGGGGGAGGGGUGCUGCCUUCUGUCCCUGUAACUGCUUCCCAUAUGGCUCAACCUGGCCGCCCAGAUUUGUUUGAGAGCUGUGCCAACAGCUUCUUUGUCUCCUUUUGGUAUUCACAACAGCCAGGGACUUGAUCUUGAUGUAUUUUAAACCACAUUAAAUAAAGAGUCUGUUGCCUUA